AUGAUGGGGACCUUUUUGGCGUAUGUUGGAUUUGUUUUCUUUUCCGUUUUAUAUGUGCAGCAAGGGCUUUCUUCUCAAGCAAAAUUUACCGAGUUUCCGCGGAACGUGACGGCAGCCGAGGGCCAGAACGUGGAGAUGUCCUGCGCUUUCCAGAGCGGCUCCGCCUCGGUGUACCUGGAGAUCCAGUGGUGGUUCCUGCGGGGGCCGGAGCACCUGGAGCCCGGGGCCGACGUGCCCGGGGCACAGGCGGAGCUGCUGCCGGACCGGGACCCCGAAGGCGAAGGGACCAAGAUCAGCACAGUGAAAGUCCAAGGCAACGACAUCUCUCACAAGCUUCAGAUUUCCAAAGUGAGGAGAAAGGACGAGGGCCUGUACGAGUGCAGGGUGACUGACGCCAACUACGGGGAGCUUCAGGAACACAAAGCCCAGGCCUACCUGAAGGUCAACGCCAACAGCCACAAUCGCAGGAUGCAGGCCUUCGAGGCCUCGCCUAUGUGGCUGCAAGAUAUGAAGCCUCGCAAGAACGUCUCCGCGGCCGCUCCCAGCGGUGUCCACAGCUCUGCCAACCAGCCGGCGAUCUCCACGUCCAGCCCUCAAGCGGUAGCCAAAAUCCCCAAACAAAGUCCACAAUCAGGUGCGAGGAUGGCUACAAGCCAUGGACUUUCUGUCCUGCUUCUUGUUUGUGGCUUUGUGAAGGGUGCUUUGCUUUAG